GGCUGCAGCAGGAGCUGUGUGCUCCAUGUGGUUCUGCCUUCCAAGAGCACCUUCCCAGCUCGGGAUGGUCGCAGUGAGUGUUGCAGAGUGCACACCCUGUGCUCUGCUCCUGCUGGAGGUGCGCUGCCUUCAUGCGGAGCACUGCUUUGGCAGCUGGAGCUUUGCCAUCUUGGCCAGAAGGAAUAAUGAUAUUUAUCCAAUGCAACAAAAUCCAGUAUUCCUGGCUACGGUCUGAAGAUUACUGUGAAAACUGCUUGAGUUUUGCAAAUCAAACACUCUAAACUGCUCAAAUAACACAAAAACGUAGGAGAUUCUUGUACUGCUGGUAUUAGCCUAGGGCAGCAAGCACUUUGCUUAUGCGUAUUUGCCUAAGGCUCGCCACACAAUGCAGAUUAAAGGAACCAUUCAGUUCUGACUGUCACAUUGCUGCCAUGCUGAUGGUGAGGGCUUGUCCCCAUGCCAGGAUUAAUGCUGUGCAUUUUCCACUUGCACGGGGAGGCACUGAGGAAGCUUACCAGGCUGCUGGUGGUGCUCUGUUUCCUGCAAGGUGCUUUUCCUGUGAACGCGUUGCAUCCUCUGCAAUGGUGCACACACUGACUUGCUACUGCAGGAGGAAGGACUGCACUGCUGCUCCUGCUGGGUGUGCUGCAGCUUUGCAAAAUUUGGUCUUGCUGGAGCAGAAUGUCAGCUGCUUUAGAAUUGCUAUGAUCUUUAGAGCCAUUGCUAGCGUAGCAGAGCUUGGGCCAGGUUUGUAUAUUUUCAUGACUUACUGCUUCUGAAAUGUUGUCUGCUUGUGGAGCAAGGAAGAGCUCUCCUGCCUGUGCUUCCAUGUGAGUUAAAUGGGAGUGCUAGCUGUGAGCACAGCAUGCGUGGUGUGCGUGGACAGGGUUCAGGUCUGUUGGGAAGGCAGGUGGCACAGCAGCAAGCCUUCCCCAAGCCCAGCGGUUGGCUGCCCUGUCUACUAGGUAGCAGUUCUCAUAGCUUUUCCUCUGGUGCAGCUGUUCCUUUGAAACUCUAAUGCAAUGACUGGCUUUUGGGUCUUAGCAAACUAGAAACCCUUCUGGUUUUCCCUGUUUGUUCUCCUAUUUAGUCAACAGUGAAUUAAUUUUGCUGAAAAUGUCUACAAAUGUCAGCUUUGUUAGACUGGGAGGACUUUUCUGUAACUAGACCCUGGAACCGAGUACUUGUAGAGAGGUCAGACGUGAGCUUUACCAUUUGCAUUUCCUACAUGAGAUGGAAAGGCAUGUCCCCCCAUACUGCUGGGGUGAGAACAUGCUGUGGAACAAAGGGAUUCCUUCCUCAGGCUCCAUCCCAUCUCUUCAAGGUGUCGAUUUGUUACGAAGACUGGAUUGAAGGCAUUGAUUUGUAUGCAGCUGUGACAUUCUCAGCCCUUCCUUUAAAAAAACAAACAAACAAAAAGUACUGGUAGAGAUAAUUACAUCAGAUCCUUCACCUGGAGCUACUGUUCCCACUGCUCAAGAAUGAUGUUUGUUACUGAUGUAAUUGUCAUCCCCGCUGAUCCUUUGAAUGAUUCCCUGGAUCUACUGGAAAUCCAGCACUUGAAAAUGUUUUCUUCAAAGAGCGGUUGACUUGAAAUGGUCCCAGACUGUUAAUUUCAUUUUCUUCUUUCUUCCCCUGCCAGUGGAAAGUAGCAUCCCUGUCAACAUCCACAGCUUCAGCAUGCUAUCUGGCAACAUUUGCCUUCUCUUGACAGCUUGAAUACUAAGAUAAAGUAUUAAAAGUAUGACCUGGCUGAUGGAAGUAAUUAAGAGACUUCUAUCAGCCAGAAGAGAGUUUACUAACCUCAUUUACUGCAGUAAAUGGGGGAGACUUUCAAUCUCCUGUCAAAAAGAGCCCAUCAGUGUGUGCAUGCCCUUUUGUACUGAUAAUGAAUUAGUUCCUGAAACAUUUUCCUGUGGAAUUUAGACUGGAGUGAGGCAGGUGUUGGUUCCUGGCACAGCCUCCCCUGGGGCACCCCUCAGCUCAUCCUCUUGGGUGAGUCUUGGCAACUGUUUUGCAUGCUGGAGAAUGCUGCCUUCAGGCAAUGAUGUCUCCCUAGGCAGUGCAGUUUUGGUGCUUUGCCUUUACCCUCACUACAUCCUCCUCACCUACGCUGAUUUUCAAGUGAAGCUGAAGGUAAGAAAGCCUUGUGGAAGAAAAUCUGAAAAUGCAUGUCGUGCAGUCGCUACUAUAGCCCUCUCUGCUGCACAGAGCACCUACCGAUGCUCCUUGAAAGCCUCCUCUGCUGCCACAUUCUCCCUGCAAUUGCACUGGGCUGGCCAGGGACCAUGGGGAGCUGUGUGAGGUGUCCUCUGCGUGCAUGCACCUCCGUGGCCUCUGCAGUCACAGCUCCUGGAGCUCAGCAACAGGCAGUCGUCGCUUCUGAAUGCUGAAGGGCAGCCAGAGCUGGAGGUUGGGUGCAGUGGGUGGGAGGAAAGGCUGUGGAAGAAAGGAGUGGGGAGCAAGGCUCCCUGGAUGCUGGGAGGUAGGAAUGAGUGCGUAGCAGUGGGAGGCUGGGGUUUGGCAUGGCAAGGCUCAGUGGGGCUGGGCUUCAGUGGGGAGGGAGGUGGUGAGAAGAUAAAGCUGGAAUCCAUGGGAAAGGAGAGAUCCAAGAGUAGCUGUAGUGUACUGGGGAAGGAUGCUGAGUGCCAGUUGAUCUGCAGGAGUAAAUGAGGAUUGAGAAUGAGACUGGCUGAGAAGUGGGAAGCUGGAGGUGGGAGAGCGGGUGUAUUUUCACAUCCAUGUUGCUGUUUUGCAAACAGCUUCCCAGCAGAUACUGCCCAAAUUGAGCUUAGGAUACAGCAGCAAGAGUUGCAGAGCCUGCGAUGGAAGAGAGAUGUGCUGCUUCCUUUCCCAGCUAGGUGCGGGGAGAGCAGGUGGGCGUACUGCAGAAACGCAGAGGAAGAUUCAGUACCAGGCAGCCACUCACUGCUUGGAGCAGGAGGGGGGUUGUGAUGUUAGGGCUCCGUGAGCUUUCUGUGGAAACCUGCCUUUGGGAAUUAAGAUAUGGUUUCAUUUUUAUCUCUGCUGUGACAGAACCUGUAUGUGAGAGCUGCAAGGUGAGGAUUUCACCUGGGAGGUUUGAGCGGUGCUCAUGUUGGCUAUCCCUAUCCUUGCUAUCUGCUGCUGUGAAAUGGCUUUUGUCUCUUAAUGAUAUCUGUUCUGCUUCUGUCUUUGAGUACCGGAUAUGAAGCAGCACCAGUGCUCCUUGUGCAGUCACCAGCACCUCCCCAGAGGAGGACAGCUCCUGUGGUGUGGGCUGUGCACUGCCUGGGAUCCCCGUGCUGUGUGUCACUCCCUCCUUGCUGCAGCCUGCGGGUUGGUGGUAAGGUCACCCCUGCCUCUGGGGCUGCAGAGAGCUUGUAGGGCAGGUGUGCUUGGCAAAUACAACCCAGUGCUCUCCAUGGAUCUGCAAACCCUUAAUGCUGUUCUGUGGCCUAGGAUUCUGGGAGCCAGAAUAUGAAGCACAGUUCUUUCAUAUUUCUGCCACCCUUGUUCCAGGGAGCUCUGCUUUCCUUUAAAGCAUGUGGGUGUAUGUGCAUUUAUAUAUAGAAGCAAAGCCUAAAUGUCCUGUGGUGGAAGCAUAGCACACCACUAGGUGGCAAUGUGGGAAGCCCGAGGAACCAGUACUGGUACAGCAGUUGGACACUUACUUUUGAGGGUGAAAUUAUGGCUACUAACACCUAGAGUGACACUAUGAGAGCUGUUGCUUGUUGCCAGUCCCUGUCCUCGGGUGUAGCAAUCAGCCUGCAAGCAACUAAAGCAGUAACUGCCAUCCUAUGGCUAUGUGCAGUACCAGGCAUAGGGCAGCCUUGUUGAGUGUGCCUUCUGUCCAUGAGACAUGGUAGGUAAUAUUUGAGAUAUGUGAAGAUCUUUGUUUGCUCGCUGCAGUUUUGGGAUUGCGGAGGACCAUGCUCAUUCCCUGGUUGGUAUUCAGCAUAAUAAAAUCGCUUAAAUGGACUGGUGAAAUCUGGAAGCUCACAGGUCUCUGGUUUGGGGAUGGGGCAGGAAAAAACAAACAAGAAACACCUACAGUCAUUUCUCUCCCAGGCACCUCCCACCCGUGUGGCCAAAGGUAAGGAAGGCAAGUCCUGUUCCUCACCUCCUCACCUGCAGCUCGGCCGCUGGCCAGGCUCUGUUACAGCAACUGCUGUUCCUGGUGCUCAGGCACGUGCAAGGAUCUGCGUUUUGCUUCCCCUUCUCAGGCUGGGACUGUGAUUUCUCUGUGGGCAUUGUUGUAAAAUAAAAGUGGAAUGUGGUGGAAAAAGCGUGGGAUAGUCUGUGUUCAAGGAGCCCUUUUUCCAUGUAUAAUUUAAGGAAUUCCAGGGCUUCUUCUAAGAGAACUACAUCCUGGUCUGUCGCAGGGGCUUGCAGCUCUUUACCUGCUGUGCAGACAGGUGGUGUUCCUGCUCCCAGCUGAAGGGGUCAGAUGUCCUGCCCCAGGCAUGGCUUGUUCUGUGGAUCUCAGAGGGGAAGGGCACUGUGACCUUUCUUUUGCUAUUGGAUGCUGGGUAGCGAAGGCACACAGCACACCUGCACUGGCUGAGUUUCCUAUCAAUUAUCUUCAUUUCUGAGAAACUUCAAACCUUCCUCAUCUCUCAGACCGAGGUAAGCAGCGAGCUGAUACCUGUGGCUGUGUUUAAUGCAGCCGCAGGGCUGUUCUCAAGAUCCACUAUAAAUAGGCUUUCCUGGAGGUGCCAGCCCCUAUGGCAGCAGGCUGUGCUGUGAAUCCCUGGUGUAAAAGCACAAAGUGCAGUGCAUUGGAUUCCUGCUCCCUUCUGUUGUCAGUGGUCUCUCCUUAGAUCUCUGGAGCAGGCAUACAGACUGUUCAGGUAUUAGCACUUGGUGGAGGUAAUGAUGUUACAGCUGGUUACUUGACAGGGAGGCAAAAGCUUUUUUUUUUUUUUUUCCUGUUUCAAAUAAUGUUUAAACUGAAGUCUGGGAGUGCAAAUCAUCUAGAUUUGUUUAAUUGGUGAAAGUGUAAAAUAAAGCUGUUCCAGUCAGGGUGUAAUAAAUGUUUCCUGUUAGGUGCCCAUGUAUUCCUGCAGCUUACCCCACAGCUACGUGCUCUAAACUCAGGGUAUCUUCAGCUUGCUGCUAUGGGUCACAAAAGCAAUGUAGAGGAUAAGAAAAUAAAGCUUAAUAGAGCCAGUCUAUUCACAUACACCUGACCUGCUUUGAGAUGUACUGGUGGAUUAAAAGUGUAAAUAAUUUUUAGCCACUCCAGCUGUAUGUAAGGAAAGAGACGAUGCCAUGGGCUUCUCCUGCGUGCUCUCCAGCUGCUUAGUUAUUUCCAUCUUUUUUCAACUGAUUAUUUUUAAAGCUUUUUCACAGUUCCUGUUGGGCCUCCCAGAGCUCCACUCCCGCCUGAAGCUGCCGAGUCAGAGCCUUUCUUCUUUCUUUUUACCCUACUCAAGUCCAGCAGUCUUAUCUUGGCUUAUCGCUCCUACCUAGCUUUCAUCCCAGCUCUCUCAAAUGGAGAGCAAGAGGAGGUGCUUGCUGGGACACAGAGAUAAAAGGGAAUGGAAGCAGGACGUUUCACUAGGAUUUAAUGCAUAUUAAAACAGAAUUAAUGCGUUUUCAUUUUCCUGUUGCUCUAUAUGGACAUCUUGCUGUAUCUCUGGUGAAGGAUUCCUGAAGAAUGAGAAGGACAAUGCAUUGCUGUCAGCCAUUGAGGAGUCUAGGAAGAGGACUUUUGCCAUGGCAGAGGAGUAUCACCGAGAAUCAAUGCUGGUUGAAUGGGAGCAGGUGAAGCAGAGGAUUCUUCAUACUCUGCUUGCAUCUGGAGAAGAUGCUCUCGAUUUCACCCAGGAAAGUGAGCCCAGCUACGUCAGUGAGUCGGGCCCUCCAGGCCGCAGCUCUCUGGACAGUGUGGAGAUGGCGUACGCCCGUCAGAUUUAUAUUUAUAAUGAGAAGAUAGUGAACAGGCAUCUGCAGCCUAACCUGGUGGACCUUUGUGCUGCUGUUGCAGAACUGGAUGAUAAGAACAUCUCUGAGAUGUGGGCCAUGGUGAAACAAAUGACCAGCGUUCGCCUGGUUUCUGCUAGUGACGUCCUGAACGUCCGGACCAACCUGGAGGUGCGUAUGGAGUUUGUGAGGCAGGCGCUGCGCUACCUCGAACAAAGUUACAAAAAUUACACCUUUCUGACAGUCUUUGGGAACCUGCACCAGGCUCAGCUGGGAGGAGUUCCAGGCACCUAUCAACUGGUCCGCAGUUACUUGAACAUCAAGCUGCCUGCACCUGUCCCUGGUCUCCAGGAUGGUGAGGUGGAAGGCCAUCCCGUCUGGGCGCUGAUUUACUACUGCAUGCGCUGCGGAGAUCUGACUGCAGCCAUGCACGUGGUGAAACGGGCACAGCACCAGCUGGGAGAGUUUAAAACCUGGUUUCAGGAAUACAUGAACAGCAAAGACAGAAGGUUAUCCACUGCCACAGAAAAUAAGCUUCGUCUCCAUUACAGACGGGCUCUGAGAAACAACACUGACCCAUACAAGAGGGCUGUUUAUUGCAUUAUUGGCCGUUGUGACAUUACAGAUAACCAGAGUGAAGUUGCUGAUAAGACAGAAGAUUAUCUUUGGCUGAAACUGAACCAAGUGUGUUUUGAUGACGAUGGUGCCAGCUCUUCACAAGACCGAUUGACAUUAUCACAGUUCCAGAAGCAGCUGCUGGAGGACUAUGGUGAAUCCCAUUUUGCAGUGAACCAGCAGCCUUUCCUCUACUUCCAAGUAUUGUUCUUGACAGCACAGUUUGAAGCUGCGAUUGCUUUCCUGUUUCGGACAGAGCGCCUGCGUUGUCAUGCUGUUCAUGUUGCUUUGGUCCUGUUUGAGUUGAAAUUGCUCCUGAAAUCUUCUGGGCAGAGCGCACAGCUGUUAAGCCAUGAGGUUGGUGACCCCCCUGGCAUGAGGCGUCUGAACUUCGUGCGGCUUUUGAUGCUCUACACCCGUAAAUUUGAAUCCACGGAUCCAAGAGAAGCUCUGCAGUAUUUUUAUUUUCUCAGGAACGAGAAGGACAGCCAAGGAGAGAAUAUGUUCUUGCGCUGUGUUAGUGAGCUAGUAAUUGAAAGCAGAGAGUUUGAUAUGAUUCUCGGAAAGCUGGAAAACGAUGGCAGUCGAAAGCCUGGAGUGAUAGACAAGUUUAAUAGUGACACAAAACCUAUUAUUAACAAAGUGGCUUCUGCGGCAGAAAAUAAAGGAUUGUUUGAAGAAGCAGCAAAACUAUACGACCUUGCAAAGAACCCUGAUAAAGUCUUAGAGCUGAUGAACAAACUCCUCAGUCCCGUCGUUCCCCAGAUCAGCACUCCCCAGUCCAACAAGGAGCGGCUGAAGAACAUGGCCCAUUCCAUUGCUGAGAGGUACAAAGCUCAGGGGAUAAGUGCAAAGAAAUCCAUUGACUCCACGUUCUACCUUCUGCUAGACUUAAUCACGUUUUUUGAUGAGUAUCACGCCGGUCACAUUGACAGGGCCUUUGAUAUCAUUGAGCGCCUGAAGCUUGUACCUCUUAGCCAGGAUUGCGUGGAGGAGAGAGUUGCUGCCUUCAGGAAUUUCAGUGAUGAAAUCAGGCACAAUCUAUCUGAAGUACUGCUUGCAACCAUGAAUAUUUUAUUCACCCAGUACAAGCGGAUGAAAGGCACAAGCCCUGCCACUCCUGCCAGGCCCCAGCGGGUAAUAGAAGACAGAGAUUCGCAGCUGCGAUCUCAAGCUCGUGCACUGAUAACGUUUGCUGGAAUGAUCCCUUACAGAACAUCUGGAGACACGAACGCAAGACUGGUGCAAAUGGAGGUCCUCAUGAAUUAGCAGAGCAGCUCAGGGCUCAGCAGCUGGGCCUGUUGGUAGUGCAUUCGGGGCUGGGACCAGUACCGUUUUGUAUGCUGUAUUUUUGUGGAUGGAAAUAAAUUUCCUUGAUUUCUA